CGUGCGCUCCCACGCGGACGAGUCGGAGCGAACGACCGGAACCGGCGCGUUGUUCGCUGCGCACACAGCCGCCGUCAGCAGGGGAUGUCUUUAAGCAAAUCUGAAGACUUAAGAAGUCAGAGAAGGCGAAGAAGAAAACCAAGUAAGCAGCUGGCAAUUGAAGUAUCAUCCUUUACUCUUCAACAGCAAAGAGGAACUGAGGCUCCGGUGGCUAAACUCAUGAUAUGAGCCAAGUACAUCCAAGAGAGAGAAGAGAAAGAAAAUAGAAGAGGGGGAAACAUGCAACCCACAUUGGACAGAAUGAGAGAGAGUGAGAUUGUGAAUCAAAGCUCGGGGAGCAAGAGGAGAGGGAGGAGAUGGAGGUUUAGUAGCUGUGGGUAUUCAAGGCACAGUGUUCACAGUGAGAGAGUGACUUACUGAACAGGGUGUCUGUCUCUGUGGCUCUCAGUCAGCUUAAAGCAGCUCUGCGCUAUGCUCAACAGGAACCCUGCACUCCAGAGAGACUACUGCUUGUUUCUUUGUUUUCUUUGUCUGGCAGACUUUUCCUUUUUGUCCCUCUCUCCAUCUGUCUUGUUUUCUUUUCUUCUUCUUCCCUUGCCAUCUCUGGGAGCACAUUGAUAUUAUUUUGUCUCUGUGUUGAAUUCCCCUUCUCCCGAUCUUAACAUCGUACCCUCCAACCCCCCUCACCCCCCCCCACUCUCUUUCUCGUCUUUCCCUUGCCUUGUUUCCCUGUUUCUCCCCCCCCUCUCUUUCUCUCUCUCUCUCUCUCUCUCUCUCGCUCUCUCUCUCCCUGUGAGGAGGGAAAACAGCAUCAACAGGCAAGCCACAGCACAUGCAACAGGGUGCAGACAGCACCUUCUGCUGCUUCGCCACCUCUCCUCUCUGACUCUCAUCUCUCACAGAGGACGGCUACAGGGAAGAAAAGAAGAGCACAGGAGUGAAGCCACACAGGUGAAGAUCUGCUGUCCCUCUACCUUUGAACAAGAGCUCAGAAGAGGGAAAAAGUAAAAGAAACAGGAGUAAAAAAAAAAAUCCUCCUGCACAUUCUUUCGAAGUGAAAGAGAACACCUGAAGAAAAGGAAAGAAACUGAACGAAUCAGGCAGAAGAGUUAGGAAAUAAGUGAAGAUGCAACCUGUGGCACAAGUUUGAUAAAAGAACAGCCGCCUUGACUCAGCGUGGCUGCCCUGCUUCCCACAUCUCUUUGACCAAAUUCUUUAACACCAAUGGCUUCCAAGAAGAAGUGGGCUGAGCGGAGGGAGUUGCGAGGGGAGCGGCAGUUCUCCACCCGGGAUGAUGCAUCUGUUGCGUCCGGGACAUCUGGGCCAGGGCGUCCCACCACCAGGGGGCGCUUCUCAGAGUCGUGGAAGAGGCUCAGCUCCAGAGGGGGGUCCACCAAGAGGGGGGUGAUCAACUCUCAGCAGCCACCGGCACAGAAAUCGUGGAUAGAAAGAGCGUUCAGCAAGAGAGAAUGUGUUCAUAUCAUAGUGAGCGCCAAAGACCCCCAUAGGUGCUGUUGUGGUCGUCUGAUAGGACAGCAUGUGGGCCUGCCCCCUGGCAUCUCAUCCAGUCAGAAUGAUAAGGCAGAGCGUUUGGCCAAGAAUGACAGCCUAUCAGAGAAGUGGUCGAUCAGCAAACACACACAGCUCAGUCCCACUGAUGCUUUCGGCACCAUUGAGUUCCAGGGAGGAGGACACUCCAACAAAGCCAUGUAUGUGCGAGUGUCUUAUGACACUAAGCCCGACUUGCUGCUCCACCUUAUGACCAAGGAAUGGCAGCUGGACCUGCCCAAGCUGCUCAUCUCAGUCCACGGGGGACUGCAGAACUUUGAACUACAACCAAAACUCAAACAGGUCUUCGGCAAAGGGCUCAUUAAGGCUGCCAUGACAACGGGAGCCUGGAUAUUCACUGGUGGGGUCAACACAGGUGUGAUUCGCCACGUGGGUGAUGCACUGAAAGACCAUGCCUCAAAGUCAAGGGGGAAGAUCUGCACCAUUGGCAUUGCCCCAUGGGGCAUUGUAGAAAAUCAAGAGGAUCUUGUUGGCAAAGAUGUGGUGCGUCCAUACCAAACCAUGUCUAACCCGAUGAGCAAGUUGACGGUUCUGAACAGUCUACACUCCCACUUCAUCCUGGCAGACAACGGCACCACUGGAAAAUACGGCGCUGAGGUCAAACUGCGGCGCCAGCUAGAGAAACACAUCUCUCUGCAGAAGAUCAACACACGUAUUGGUCAGGGUGUGCCGGUGGUGGCUCUGAUUGUGGAGGGAGGUCCCAAUGUGAUCUCCAUAGUGCUGGAGUACCUCAGGGACACUCCUCCAGUCCCUGUGGUGGUGUGUGAUGGCAGUGGCAGAGCCUCCGACAUCUUGGCCUUUGGACACAAAUACUCUGAGGAGGGAGGCAUAAUUAAUGAAACGCUAAGAGACCAGUUGCUGGUGACCAUCCAGAAGACAUUCACCUACAGCCGAACUCAGGCCCAACAUCUGUUCAUCAUACUCAUGGAGUGCAUGAAGAAGAAGGAGCUGAUCACAGUAUUCCGGAUGGGGUCGGAGGGCCACCAGGACAUUGACCUUGCCAUCCUCACUGCAUUACUCAAAGGUGCAAACGCUUCUGCUCCCGACCAGCUGAGUUUAGCACUGGCGUGGAAUAGAGUGGACAUCGCCCGCAGUCAAAUCUUCAUCUACGGACAGCAGUGGCCUGUCGGCUCCCUGGAGCAGGCAAUGCUGGAUGCCUUAGUUCUGGACCGAGUGGACUUUGUGAAGCUGCUGAUUGAAAAUGGAGUCAGUAUGCACCGUUUCCUCACACUUUCCAGAUUGGAAGAGCUCUACAACACGAGACAUGGACCAUCCAACACGCUGUACCACCUUGUCAGAGAUGUCAAAAAGCGAGAAUAUCCAGGGUUCAGUUGGAUCUACUUCAAGGGAAACCUGCCCCCGGACUACCGCAUUAGCCUCAUUGACAUUGGACUGGUCAUUGAAUACCUCAUGGGCGGGGCAUACCGGUGUAACUACACCAGGAAGAGAUUCAGAACUCUAUACCACAAUCUGUUUGGACCCAAAAGGCCCAAAGCCCUGAAACUGCUGGGGAUGGAGGAUGACAUGCCAAUACGCAGAGGCCGCCAGAAGACUACACGCAAACGAGAGGAAGAGGUGGACAUCGAUUUGGACGACCCUGAAAUCAACCACUUCCCUUUCCCCUUCCAUGAGCUGAUGGUGUGGGCCGUGCUUAUGAAACGUCAGAAAAUGGCACUGUUCUUUUGGCAGCACGGCGAAGAGGCCAUGGCCAAGGCCUUGGUAGCCUGUAAGCUUUGUAAGGCCAUGGCCCAUGAAGCCUCGGAGAAUGACAUGGUGGAUGACAUCUCCCAGGAACUGAACCACAAUUCCAGAGAGUUUGGCCAGCUGGCAGUGGAACUCCUUGACCAGUCCUAUAAACAGGAUGAGCAGAUGGCCAUGAAGCUGCUGACCUACGAGUUGAAGAACUGGAGCAACGCCACCUGCCUGCAGCUGGCGGUAGCGGCCAAACACAGAGAUUUCAUCGCUCACACCUGCAGUCAGAUGCUGCUGACCGACAUGUGGAUGGGACGCCUGCGCAUGCGCAAGAACUCCGGUCUGAAGGUGAUAUUAGGACUGCUCCUGCCACCGUCCAUCCUGAGUCUGGAGUUCAAGAACAAGGAUGAGAUGUCCUACAUGCCGCAGGAUCAGGAGGCCUACCUGCAGGAGAAGGAGGAGGAGGAGCCUGAGAAACCGGUCAAGGAGAAGGAGGAGGAAGACAUGGAGUUCACAGUAAGAUCUUACUGUGAGGCGCAGUACAACUCCGUGGCAAUGCUGGGUAAGGUUGCCACGGAGACAUCCAGAAAGAAGGAUGUUGCGGAGGUUCAGAACCGCCACCGCCUCAUCCCCAUGGGACGCAAAAUAUACGAGUUCUACAAUGCUCCAAUUGUCAAGUUCUGGUUCCAUACGAUGGCAUAUGUGGCCUACCUCAUGUUGUUCAACUACAUUGUCCUGGUGAAGAUGGACCUGUGGCCUUCUCCUCAGGAGUGGAUCGUCAUCGCGUAUAUAUUCACCAACGGCAUUGAGAAAAUGAGAGAGAUCCUGAUGUCGGAGCCAGGGAAGUUAUUGCAGAAGGUGAAGGUGUGGCUGCAGGAGUACUGGAAUGUCACAGACCUCAUGGCCAUCCUCAUUUUCUCCGUGGGCAUGGUUCUGCGUCUCCAGGAGCCGCCACUCAUGAGCUACGGGCGGGUUAUCUACUGCGUGAACAUCAUCUACUGGUACAUCAGGCUGCUCGACAUCUUCGGCGUCAACAAGUACCUGGGUCCCUAUGUGAUGAUGAUUGGCAAGAUGAUGAUCGACAUGAUGUAUUUUGUGAUCAUCAUGUUGGUGGUGCUGAUGAGUUUUGGGGUGGCGCGUCAGGCUAUCCUCAACCCUAAUGAAGACCCGUCCUGGAUGCUAGCUAGGAACAUCUUCUUCAUGCCUUACUGGAUGAUCUACGGAGAGGUGUUUGCAGACCAGAUUGACCAUAUGCAUAGUAGGAAGUUACAGCAAAGGCUGAAUGAAAAACUCUGGCUGGUCGAAAAUUACUUUCGACCUCAUGGAACCUGGCGUAACAAUGGUCCAUCCCACAUUGCUCAGUGUAGUCAAAAUCCCACCCCCUGCGGGCAGAACAUCACCACAGAGGAUGGGGGGGUGGUGGUCCUGCCUCCCUGUAAGACGGGUGCCUGGAUUGUCCCAGCCAUCAUGGCCUGCUACCUGCUGGUAGCCAACAUACUUCUGGUCAACCUUCUCAUAGCUGUGUUCAAUAACACAUUCUUCGAGGUGAAGUCCAUCUCCAACCAGGUUUGGAAGUUUCAACGUUACCAGCUCAUUAUGACCUUCCAUGAGCGGCCAGUCCUCCCACCACCGCUCAUCAUCUUCAGCCACAUAACCAUGGUCCUCAAGCACCUCUGCUGCCGCUGGCGCAAGCAUGACGACGACGAGAGGGACUACGGACUGAAGCUUUUCAUCACAGAGGACGAGCUGAAGAAAGUCCAUGACUUCGAGGAGCAAUGUAUAGAAGAGUACUUCAGGGAAAAAGACGACAGAUUCCACUCUUCAAAUGAUGAGCGGAUCAGAGUCACCUCUGAAAGGGUGGAAAACAUGGCGAUGCGUCUGGAGGAGGUCAAUGAGAGGGAACACUUCAUGAAGGCAUCGCUGCAGACUGUGGAUAUUCGUCUGGCACAAAUGGAGGAGCUGAUUGGACGGAUUGCCGUAGCUCUGGAGCGCGUGACAGGGGUUGAACGUGGUGAGGUCAACAAAGUACGUUCCAGGACUUCAUCUGACUGCACAGACUCCGCAUACAUACUCCGCCACGGUGAGUGCCCAGAUGCAGCAUACAUCCUCCGUCAAAGCAGCUUUAACAGCACAGAGGGGAAUGCCUACCGUCUACAGGAGGCACUGGAGGGAACAGCUGAGGGCUCCAUGUCCCCUCCGUCUCCUACUGGCAUGGCCUCACGGACAAGAAGCCAUUCGUUUUAUGUUCGUGGUGGUGAACGUGCAAGUGGAGCCGAACGGGCUGAGAGCUUCUUCAAAGAGUGCUCACUCAGUCUCCACCGAGCUAACAGCUCACAAUCUGUGUCCUCAGCUGCCGCCCCCAAGGAGUCUAAGCCCCUCCCCCUGGCGACGCUGUCGGUGUCCCAGCAGCACCGUCCAUCAUCAUGCAUUGAUAUCUAUGUCUCAACUUCUGAGGAGGUGGGUCCUGCAGAGGUCUUCCUGGAUCCUCUCCGUAUGGUCCCACCGCUCCAGAGAGACUGUUCGCUGCAGUCAGAUAUCAUGGAGACGGUGUUGCCGGGAGGCCGGGACUUCAGUAGCGCUGCCACCAGCGGUUUGGGCGACAGGCACUCGGAGGGCGGUGCCGUCAGCAGCGGAGCAGCUGGAGCUAUGUUUGACGAUAGUGCGGCUGCUGAUAUGUCAUUGUGCUCCGCCCACCUCUUACCAGACACAACCUUACCUCCAUGGGACAUGGAACCGUCCCCACCUCCCUCAGCAGGGCUGCUUGAACGCUCUAAGAGCAGUCGCUACCUCUCUACAGCAGGCACAGCAUUCCUGGAUGAGCCUCCUCUGGUCAAAUCCCACAGCCUCAUGUUCACACCAAGAGGCUGCUAUGGUGGACUUGGGGCAGGAGUCCAGGUAAAAGCUGCAGAGUACACCAGCAUCACUGACUGCAUCGAUACGCGCUGUGUCUCGGCUCCAUACACUCCAGCAGAACGCUCACACUCCCCUGGAGGAUCCACCUCAUUCCCCUUUGAUAAGCCGUCAGAAAUGGGUUCCUCUCACCCAGAGAGAGAGGCAGAGCUUAGUCACACAGAGUCUGAUCCAGAGGACCCUGAGGACUUGAUCCCAGCCCCUGAUACCCCUCGCCUAGGGGGCCUUGGGGGGCCCAGUGGGGCCCCCCUCUGCUCCCCCUUCUCUAGGCUGGAGCGAGCAAACAGCUGCUCCUCAGACGACUCCCAUCCUUCCCUCACACUGGCCCCUCCGCACAGGAAGAGCCUGUCGGUGAGUGAGAGGAUGGAGAGGGGACCGGGUCUGGGGGCAGACAGGGGGCCUGGGGCCGGGGGCCGGGGUCUGGCAGGAACCAGAAACCCCUUCCUCAGGAGCAAGUCUGGGGCACGGCCUGAGACAGCCAAGACUGACAGCCUCUCCAUGAGGAAGCUGGCGACUCCGUCAGCUUUCCGCAGCUUUGAUAGACAGAAUUACACGUGACAAGGACACUGGUCAGCUCACUCACACACUGAUAGGACCAGGCAGGAAAAGUGAAAGGGCCGAGGGUAAAAAUGAAAGUAGGGUGAAGUUGCCCAUAGAUACUAAUCUGGACCAGAUCUUCAGUUUCACUGAUGUUUUAGUCUAGAGAAAGUCAUUAAAGUUUAUUCAUAGUACGUGCUGGGGGGAGGGGGGACAACUUUACGCUGGAUCAUGAAUCAGGAGGAAGAGUUGGGAGAUGUAGGUCCUACUGUACACCAGUCAAAUACAAAGAGCUAUGAAUCUAGACUAGUUUUUACCUCUUCUUGUAGCUAAGUAACUCUCAGUGGGGUGUUAUGGCAAUGGAAGGUGUCUUUGUACUGUGUCUUCCACCCACCACCUUCAUAUCAAGUAGACAGCUGUCACUGUUACAUCACAUAUCAAUCACAUUAGUCAGACAAGGUGUACUGUUACUCGUAGCUGCAUUGUAUGGUAGAAACUGCCAUGUCUGAGAGACACAGAGGGAGAGCGGAGAAAUACAAACAAAACAACCACCUCACUUUGUCUUAGCAUAGAGUCGACACUGUUACAUAACUUUCACAUUAAAUACAUAUUCCUCUCUUUGUAUGAUCCCAACUCCACCCUGUGAGACCCCAGCACAAGCAAACCGAAGCUGACAUUUCUGGCCGAUUUUGUAAAAGAAUCGUCAAAAGUGUUUGGAAACCCCUCGUGGUUGCAAUAUAAAUGGCUGUAACAUGGCAACAACUUACCUCUGGGUACACAAGUACACCUUUCAAAUAAUCAAUAUUUAUCUUUUCUGGGGGGGUUUCGAAGGAAUAUCCAGUGUGUCUUUCGUUCACAUAUUGUAGCAUAAUUUAUCUACAAAAGUGUAUUUAUUUCUUUUGUCAGAUCAGCUAGAGAAAGACCGGUCACGUCUGUCCGGUGUCCGAGAUCUGUUUUCGCAGUGACUGGACAAGUAAAAAUCUGCGUUUGAUCGGCCACACGAUACAAGAGAAUGGUUAAAAGCUUUCAGGAAAAAGUGAGAAAGAAAAUGCGACAUGAAGGAGACGUCAUCCGCUCAUGGUUGAGUUAAGACACCAGUCUAUGUCGGGAAAGUGAACACGGACAGUCAGUGCUUAACAGUGGACCUGAGACAGACGAGGUUUCUUAAGUGCAUUGUUACAUCCACAUGCAAAUGCCUACACACACACAUACAUGGUCAGUGAAAUCCUACAUAUCACUUGGAAAUAUACUGAACUUCAGACCUGAUCCUAGAGAGCUUUAACAAGUGCAAUUGCAAAAAAUGGGGGCAAGAGGGUGCAUUGAGCCUUUUUUUCAGAAGCAAUGCUUACUGGGUGAACCUGGGGAACCUUCAGCAGUGAUGAAAUAGAGCAAAAUGUUUAUUCAAACAGAAAUGGUGGUUUCAUUGAACAUCCUGUUGUGUUAAUCAUGUGCAAUGCCUUAUUAUAUAUAUAUAUAUAUAUAUAUAUAUAUAUAUAUAUAUAUAUACCGGGGAUAAUUUGCACGCCACUGUUGACUCAUUUGUUCUUUAUCAUCGUAUCAUCGAGGGAUUACAUGUGUAAUUUAGCUGUACAACUUAUGUUGCAUAAUAAUGAUUUGAUUUAACCUUUAUUGGGUCACACCUCUGACACUCCCACACAACAAGAGAAAACUUGCCUCAUUGGCCAUUACACCCUCUUUCAAGGAAACAUGUUAUUCAACCAUGACAUGGUAGUAAAGCAUCCUGUGGCUGAACGUGCCCCUGGUGUGAACCUUUCUGCACCUGACACAAAAAAUCCUUCCCCUCAACCGGUCGUAGCUCUCCUGUAGCCCUGUGCCGCUCCUUCAGGUUUGGGCAAUGGCAUAAUGUUGCAAUGGUUUUACAUUCACCUACUGCUAAUGGAUCCGUCCUUCAUCUCUUCCAUAACCGUCAUACAUUUGCUUUUCUCCUUUUUGUAAUUUUUUUUCUUCAUUCAUUAUUUUAUGACAUUCAAGCCAGCCACUGCAACAACACACUUGAAAAAAAGAAAGUACUUGCCCCAUGACAGAGCCCGUUAUAAAUCAUAAACUGGUCAAGAAGAGGUCCUAACGGAGGGGUUAUAAAUUUACCGAAAAAAAUAAAACCCAAUAUAUGCAUUCCAGCUGAAGAUGGGUGUGCAUUUUAAGUGACAUAGAAGGAAGAAAAAUGGGACAAUAAUGAAAAGAUGAAAGCCAGAUAAGUGUUUAAAAAUGUUCUCUUUUUUUUUUAUUCUAGUGGAGGAAGUCUGGUGGGGGGAGAAUGUGUUCUUCUCAGAUCGCAUUUAAACAUAAGCCAGGUGAAAUUAUUAGAAUUCCUACUGAUUUUUUUUAUGUUUAUGUUUUAUAUUUCCUCGCUAUUAUAAUUAAUUUGAAUCAUGUGGCAUUUAUUUUGAGAUUGAUUCUAUUUAUUGACAUUUUCUUGCUCAUUGAUAAUUAAAGGAAAUGCCUGUUUGAAUAACAAAAUUAAUAUUUAUAUCUUUUCAGUGAUAUUUUUGUCAAAUUUUAAGUAUUUUCUAAUCAAGCUUUUAAAUUGAAUAAAAGUUGACCAUCUACAUGCACUAAAUGCUGAUGUAUUAUAUUAUUUAUUAAAUAUAGAAUUGUCUGAUAUACUGUACAUUUCAAUCAUAUUUAAAGUAUUUAAAGUAGUUUUUAUUGUACGUUUUAUGAAGCAACUUAUGAAAAUUUUCUAUCAAAAGGUUGACAUGGCAAUAAAGAUUUGCCAGUAUAACAAAUUUAGGGUGCUUUUUGGCCAUCGAAGGAAAAUGAAGUGAUUCUUAAGUCUGUUCAAUUUCUCACAUUUUUUUUGUUUUUUCUCUCUCUCUCUAAUCACAGAGCCCAAAUAUCAGUGAUUAUUCUCAACAUGUGGCUUUUGCAUACUCUCAUAGACAUUUGUUGUUGCUCUUUUAACACAUCGGAGGUACAGAGGAGGGGGACUGUUGUUAUUUUAGACUGUAUCAUUGUUUGAAUCUAUCCAAAACACAUAAACAGAUUGAGACUAAAUGGUUUUAGAGCUGAAGAAAAGAAAAUCAAUUUGCACAUGAAGGUGCGACAUAAUGAUGUGGGCACAGCGUCACCAUAAGGUUGGUGCUGUUGCGGGAGGGGGGGGGGGGGG